ACUUCCGCUCAGAAUAGAUGUGGAGCUAUAGAUGUAGAGCUGUUUCUCAUGAGCCCCAUUGUACCUCUUUGAGCAUUGGCGAUGGAGCCUCGUGGCACUGCGUUGACGAGCGCUGGCGCCUCUAUGAUCAUGAAUCGGUCGAAGAUGCCGCAAACACUGACGCUGGAUCACGUAUCCCCUGCGACGCGGUUGCUGGAGAAGCGUCGGCAGAUGUUCGAAGUACAGGAAGCACUAGACGCUCAGAAGGAAGAAUUUGCUCGUCGUGAAGACGCUUUCCAUCGCCGAGAAGAGGCACUGCGUAAAAAAGACUUGGAGCUGCAAGAGUCGCUUAUCAAGUUUAACAAGUUCCUGCAGGAGAAUGAGUCCAAGCGCAAUCGCGCAGUCAAGCGAGCCAGCGACGAAGUCAAGCAGCGGAUGAGCAAGGAGCAGGAAGUAGCUAGAUUACAGGCCCAGCUUACCGCACUACAGCGAGAGAGCGACGCUUUAGGUGCACAGGUUCGCCACCAUCUAAAGUAUACUCGCUAUCUAGAGCUUGUCCAGGAGGCUGUACCUGAAGACUACCCCGAAGUGAGCGAUCUGGUGAACCGCUACCACACUUUACGUGAAACUAACCGCGACUUGAGUCGGAACCAAAUCACUCACGAAGAGGAGAGUGAGUCCAAGCGACUGGAGUUUGCUGCCUUCCAGAAAGAACGCGCCAACGAGAUCUUAACAUUCAACAACCGCAUCGCAGCGUUGCAACGUGCUCUUGAGCGGGAGGAGUUGCUCGGUGUGCGUCUACAGCACGAGACAGAUGCAACACUCCGAGCCACGACACAGAAAACGUUAGCGUUGGGUCAGAUCAUCAUGGCUAUUGGCAAUCUAUUGCAAAGAUGUACUAGUGGGAUCCACGGACAGAUUCUUAAACAUGUCGAAGGCAGCUACAGAAGCCAAGGAAGUACUAGCCAGUCCGGUAAUGACAGUCACGAUGGCUCUGCUGGAGCUUCUGGAAUUUCUUCAUCAGCUCCAAUGAACUCUUCAGGAAAAACCGCAAGUGGAAUAUCGGAGGCCGACGUGAUCCAUCAUGGUCAACGCGCUAUGAUCGAUCUGGACGUCGUGGCUGCCUACAUGACAGACUUUACUGCUAUAGUUCAAGGCCGGAUCGAUGCACAACGAGCUCAGAAGAAGGCAGCCGCAGCCGCCGCAUCCCAAGCAACUGGAACUGUGACGUUCACAGCAGUGAACGACGGCCACACAGGAGCAGUGCCAUCAGUUGCUGGAGGUUCAACCGCCACAAUUCGAUGA